CGGCCGGGGGCCGGCGGGGAGGCGGAGUCGCCUCGGCCGCAGCUGCUGCCCUGCUCGGGAUUUGAAAGAUUAUAAAGUCCGGGCCGAGAGGGCGGCGGCGUCGGAUGCGCGUGUGGCGGAAGCGCCGGCGGCAUGAACUACCCGGGCCGCGGCGCCCCACGGAGCCCCGAGCGUAACGGACGCGGCGGCGGUGCCUGGGAGCUGGGCUCGGACGCGGCGGGCGUGUUCGGCGGCGGCGGCUGCUGCUUCGAGCACCAGCCGGGCGACGGCGUGCCGCUGUCGCUGCUGCGCGCGGAGUCGCUGCACCUGGCACCGGGCAGCGACGACCUGAGCCACCUGGCUCUGGACCCGUGCCUCAGCGACGAGACCUACGACUUCAGCUCGGCCGAGUCGGGUUCGUCGCUGCGCUACUACAGCGAGGGCGAGAGCGCGGGCGGCGGCAGCUCUUCUUCGCCUCCGCCGCCGCUGGUCGCCCCGAACUCGGGGGGCGGCGGGGCAGCGGGAGGGGGCCCCGGGGACAGGAAGCGCGCUCGGCCGGGCGGCACAGCCGCUCGGCACCGCUACGAGGUGGUGACGGAGCUGGGCCCGGAGGAGGUGCGCUGGUUCUACAAGGAAGACAAGAAGACCUGGAAGCCGUUCAUCGGCUACGACUCUCUGCGCAUCGAGCUCGCCUUCCGGACCCUGCUGCAGACUACGGGCGCUCAGGCCCGGGCGGCGAGCCGCGAUGGAGACCGGGUGUGCGGCCCAACCUCCAGCUUCGGGGAGGAAGACGACGAGGACCGCGCCUGCGGCUUCUGCCCGCGCGCGGCUGGGCCUGAGCCGGAGAUGGAGGAGCUGGUGACCAUCGAGCCGGUGUGCGUGCGCGGCGGCCUCUACGAGGUGGAUGUCACUCAAGGAGAAUGCUACCCGGUGUACUGGAACCAAGCUGAUAAAAUACCAGUAAUGCGUGGACAGUGGUUUAUUGAUGGGACUUGGCAACCUCUAGAAGAAGAAGAAAGUAAUUUAAUUGAGCAAGAACAUCUCAGUUGUUUUAGGGGUCAGCAGAUGCAAGAAAAUUUUGAUAUUGAAGUAUCAAAAUCCAUAGAUGGAAAAGACGUUGUCUACCACCUCCCUCCCUUCUCCCUCCCUUCUCUGUUCAAAUGGAGAGGAUUUAAGGAGAGCACAGACGCCACAGGUCUUAAGCGAAAGCGCUCCCAAGCUGUUCAUAGUUUCAAACUGAGUCGGAAUCAUGUGGAUUGGCACAGCAUGGAUGAAGUCUAUCUCUACAGUGAUGCAACAACAUCCAAAAUUGCGAGAACUGUUACCCAAAAACUGGGCUUUUCUAAAGCCUCCAGCAGUGGGACCAGACUUCACAGAGGUUAUGUAGAAGAAGCCACACUGGAAGACAAGCCGUCACAGACUUCUCAUAUUGUGUUUGUUGUACAUGGCAUUGGACAGAAGAUGGACCAAGGAAGAAUCAUCAAAAACACAGCCAUGAUGAGAGAGGCUGCAAGGAAGAUAGAAGAAAAACAUUUUUCCAACCAUGCAACACAUGUUGAGUUUCUGCCUGUUGAAUGGCGAUCAAAGCUUACUCUUGAUGGAGACACUGUUGAUUCCAUUACUCCCGACAAAGUGCGAGGCCUGAGGGACAUGCUGAACAGUAGCGCGAUGGACAUCAUGUACUAUACCAGCCCGCUUUAUAGGGAUGAGCUAGUUAAAGGCCUUCAGCAAGAGCUGAAUCGAUUAUAUUCCCUUUUCUGUUCCCGGAAUCCAGACUUUGAAGAAAAAGGGGGGAAAGUCUCAAUAGUGUCCCAUUCCUUGGGGUGUGUAAUCACUUAUGACAUCAUGAUGGGCUGGAAUCCGGUUCGACUUUAUGAGCAGCUGCUGCAGAAGGAGGAGGAGCUCCCUGACGAGCGAUGGAUGAGCUAUGAGGAGCGGCAUCUUCUUGACGAGCUCUAUAUAACAAAACGACGGCUGAGGGAAAUAGAAGAUCGGCUGCAUGGAUUGAAGGCGCCAUCCAUAUCACAAACACCUGCCUUAAAAUUUAAGGUUGAAAAUUUCUUCUGUAUGGGAUCUCCGCUAGCAGUUUUUUUGGCAUUACGCGGCAUCCGACCAGGAAAUACUGGAAGUCAAGACCACAUUUUACCUAGAGAGAUCUGUAACCGCUUACUAAAUAUUUUUCAUCCUACAGACCCAGUGGCAUACAGAUUAGAACCGUUGAUUCUGAAACACUACAGCAACAUUUCUCCAGUCCAGAUCCACUGGUACAACACUUCAAACCCUCUACCUUAUGAGCAUAUGAAGCCAAACUUUCUCAACCCAGCAAAAGAACCUACCUCAGUUUCCGAGAGUGAGAACAUUGCAGCUGUCCCGAGCCCCGUGACCUCCCCCGUCUUAUCUCGGCGCCACUAUGGAGAAUCUAUAACUAAUAUUGGCAAAGCAAGCAUAUUGGGGGCUGCUAGCAUUGGAAAGGGGCUUGGAGGAAUGUUGUUCUCGAGAUUUGGACGUUCUUCAACAUCACAGCCGUCUGAGCCAUCUAAAGACUCGAUGGAAGAUGAUAAGAAGCCCGUGGCUUCUCCCUCCACCACCACCGUGGCCACGCAGACCCUACCGCACAGCAGCUCCGGCUUCCUCGACUCUGCAUAUUUCAGACUUCAAGAAUCGUUCUUUUAUCUCCCACAACUUCUUUUUCCGGAAAAUGUAAUGCAGAGUAAAGAUGAUAGCCUCGUGGAACUGGAGCACAGGAUCGACUUUGAACUCCGAGAAGGCCUUGUGGAAAGCCGCUAUUGGUCGGCUGUCACGUCGCACACUGCCUAUUGGUCAUCUUUGGAUGUCGCUCUUUUUCUUUUAACAUUCAUGUACAAACAUGAGCAUGAUAAUGAGGCCAAGCCCAGCCUAGAUACGCUCUGAACUCUUGAAGGAUAUGAAUGCCCAAAACCUUUCUGUUAAAAAAUGUGUCAAGAUACAGAGAUUUCAAGGUUCCAGUUUUGUUAAGGGCAAGAAAUAUUUUAAUUUAAAAGCACUUUAUUUUAUUUUUAAAAGAGAAAAAAAAACACAUUCUCAGUUCUGAAGGAGUUAUUUAUGUUUCUGUCAUUUUGAUUAUGAGUCUAGCAGAGCCCCUGCAGAGAAUCACCAGAGUGGAAGUGUGGUGGGCUUAGGUAAACUGCAGGAAGGCAGCCAUCACAAUCCAGGGCUCCCGCGGAGCCUCUGUAGCCUAUUAACCAGAAGACGUUACAGCGCUAACAUGCCCAAAGUCCAGUACACUCUGCACAGACUACAAGGUGGCAUCAUGGUUUCUUGAUUCUGUGAAGGCUUCUGUGUCCACAGUUCCUUUGAAAGAAGAAUAUAACAAAUUUUAAAUGUUCUAAAUUUAACUUGUUUUGAAAAACUAAUGCUAAAAGGCAGUAUUUGAAUUACUAUACUAAUAAUUUAUGAUCUCUACUUAUUUCAGCAUAUGAAACAUUUUUAAUGUUUCUUUUAAGCCACAUUUACUUUGUAUCAUGUUGAGGCCCUUUUUUCUCAAAACUCCAUCUUUGUACAUGAGUAGGUGACCCUGUGGCAUUACUUUUAGGGCUUUUUGUGUUUUUUUGUUUUGUUUUGUUUUUGUUUUUUGUUUUCUUUUUUUUUCAUUAAAAACAUGGUUUUACACAGUACUAUUCAGUUAUUUUUUUUAAUUUUUUUUGUUAUGUCACAUAUACUUCAGAGAAAUUUAAAUGUUUUCAGCACAGGGACUCCACAUUUGUGUAUAUUACAUUAGCUGUAUUAGAAAAUUAAGAAACAGCUUUGUGCUAUAGAAUAUGAUGACUUGAAAUACAUAAACGUCUGUGUGCCAAACAGCUAACACAUGUGAAGGAACGAGAUGCCAGUAACAUUUACUAUGUAAAGUGCUAAAGAAAGAAAGCAUGGUGACUCGGGCACCGGAAAUGGACGCUGAGGCACUGGGGGGUUCUGGGCUGUAGAUGUUUCCACCAUGCUUUUCAUCUGUGAUGUGCAUCCAGCGAUCUAUGUAUACGCUUCCUGAGGUAAGUUGGACACAUUAACAUUACCAUGUCACAUGUUCAUACACUGAGGCACCAGUUUUUCAAGUGCCUUGCAUUAGAUUACACAGCAAAUGGACCGAGUGUGGCUUAAAGCCAGACCAUAUUCUUUCCUGUGCUAUUUAAUGAUGUCACUCAUGAGUGACCUUAAGAAGCCUGCAAAUGUUAGUAGGUUAGAAGAUGGCCAUGAAGCCCAGUGUUACCUAACAGAUACAGUCUAGAUUCUUACACUCAGAAGAGGAGUUAACAUCAAGGGAACAGUAGCCAAUCCUGCCGUAGCCAACAGUCAUAUCUGGUGGCUCUCCCUAGAUUCCACUCAAGGUGCUGUCUUUCUUGUGUGUGAGGAACUUUGUAGCUUCUCUCAGUCACUGUCAGCUAGGAGCAGAGCUGGUCAGCCCACGUGUCCCUUGCUCUUUCCUGUGUAGGGUGGUAGAGCCUGUGGCUUUUUGUGGGUGUUACCCCUUGUCCUCAGUGCUGCCGCCUCCUCAGCUGCCAUUGAAUUUGUGCAACAGACAGCACUUCUUGCUAGUGUUUAAGAAUUCCAAGGCUGUGUGACUCACAAAAAAAAAAAAAAAAAAAAAAAACCUUUGGUCUAAAGGUUGAAUCUUAGCAGGGCUAAAGCAUCAUCUUUGAGUUUAGAGGUUCCUGUCAACUCAGGUCAGCUUCAUAGCCUGUUUAUUAGCAGGUCUCAUGUAACUCUCAGGAAAAUGAAGCCCGUGUUGUAUGGCUGUCAUUGAAGGUAGUUGAGAACAUGUUGUUGAGUAUCAACUGAAAGGAAAAGUUUGCCCCUGUAAGCAAAGGAGUAUGUCCCCUUACUUUUCCUUACACCACAAAACAGUCAAAUUUCACUGAGUUUUUGUCAGCACUUGGGAAGAGCAGCAUUCAAACCACUCUGUCAAUGAGAAGCAGAUGUUCUGCACCUCUGGACAGCUGCUUUCAGUUCAUGAUCUCAUCAAUACCAGUGGCAGUUUUGGUCUUAGUGCUCUUGUCUCCCCGUUUCUGCAUGUAAUCAUGGGAUGUGCUUGUAUACACUAAAGUAAGUCAUAUACAGAGUAUGUGUAAUUUUGAUGAUUUAGAAGCUAAGUCAGUUACCACGUAACAGUUGGCAAUUUUGUUCCAGCAAAUACUAAAUCAACCCCCAAAAGUCCUGAUUUUGAUACUAUUAAAAUUCUGUUCUCUCCCUGUGUUCA